AUGCUGUAUGGAGUGCCGUCAAUGUACGCGCGCGGCAUCCGCGCACGUGCAGGCUAUCGCGCUAAAGUUCUGGAACAGAAGCCCUCGUUCUACGAUUGUGGCACGACAAAGGAUGUGGGCAAAAUGAAGACCCCAUUCAUUAUGGUAUCGCCAGGGUAUCCGGAGUCAAAUGUUAAUGUGACGGAUUGUGCGCUGACUGCCACCGCCGAAUCUGGUAUUCGCGUCAGCAUCUACACGUUCGCGCCAGGGUUGGGUGGAUAUUUGAAACUUUUGGGGAAGGACACUGCUGGAAAUCCGCUUAAUGAAACCUACGAUCAUUCGUAUCUUGGCAAUCGCGUACCUUCAAGAUACCUGCUGCAAAAUGUGACAAUUACGAUUAGUAUAUCGACCGAUGUCACACAGGCGCAGUACGGCUUCUACAUCAUUGCCGUCGAGCCCUACGACAUUUCUGCAAAAAUGGCUUGCGAUCAAUACGACAAUGAGGCGACCGAUAGUGAACUGCAAAUCUGGACACCCGGAUAUUCCUACCUUACCCCAAAUAUUAAGCCGUAUUACAAUAAUAUCGAGUGCGACUACAAAAUUACCGUUACCAAGAACUACCAAAUGAUCCUUGAAACGCUGGGGAUGAGCCUGGAGAGGGACGCCGAUUUCUUUGUCGCCCCUGGCUUUAAUAUUAGUUACCAGAAUGGCGUUACUAUGACUGGCUACAACGCAUACCACGUCGAUUUUGCACCUAUUGGUCUCAGGGAGACAAACUUGAAAUUGACGACGGAUGGGCUGGGGACCUCUUCUGGUGGAAUUAUGAAUGUGUUACUCGCUGAUUGUGAAUGCACCGGUGGCGUUUUCAACCUACAAAACGGUUCCACGACCCCGCUACCAUUUGCCAUGCCUCCCCGACAUCACGACGAAUUCCAAUACAAUACCUAUUGCCGACAACAAACCUGUACUUGGACAUUCCUGGUCGAUAAGGGCGCCGCCAACACGGUCAACUUUACGGAUGUCGAUGUCGUGUCAAUGGAUAAGCCACAGAUAUUCUCCGACGGCAAAGUUCAAGCAAUUGAUAGGUGGGGAGUGUAUGGCUUCACCAACGUGACGAACAUCACUGUACAAUUUGUCACCUUCGCCUCCGGCACCUAUCAGCAACAAGACAUCCGGCGCCGAGGGAUCAAAUUUGAAGUAAAAUCUGUGCCGAUCGUCCCUCUGUAUAUUGAUAUUUGCAACACGUCAAUUUACGAGAUCAAUCAGGCACAAACGAGGGCGGUGGAACAGGAAUACAUCUUUACCUCUUGCAACGGUCCAUUGGCGAUAGCGCUCUACCAAUAUGAGGAUGAGCAAACGGUGGAGAUCUAUGAUGGCACGUUUGAGACGGGUACGAAGAUGAAGCUGGCUAACCAAAUGAUCUUCAAGCAGUUAACGGUCUCCGUUCGCAUCAAAAAUCCUGGGGACUUCGGCACCCAGGCUUUAAUGUUCAUCAGUGACCACUUCCUGGCUCCAGAUGGCAAAUUCUGCGGAGGCAGGGCCUACGAAGAUCUGCCAUGUAAGGUCGAGGGCUGUCUGUACGUAGCCGUCCGCGAGCUCAGUCGUAUCCAAAUUGAUUGGCAACCUAUCCCAACCUAUCGUGGCGCUUCAAUUCAGCCGGAGGACUUGGUGCCUUACUCAACCGACUACCCCCUGGAUCUGUACACGCCCGAUCUGAAAGCACUGACCUUCACUUUCCGAAUCCCCGCUAAUUAUUUGGGGACAAGUCAGUAUGAAGCCAAUGAUGCAUCAAACUUUGUGAGUCCGGGCUCCACCCCUAUGGUCAUUGUCUCAUCAGACUGGCUCGAACCUAAUCUGCCGAAGAAAGAUUUAUCCGUUGAAGUCUUUUGUAAUGAAGGAACAGAGCUGCCUAAACUAACACUAUUGCAAAAACUCGAGGGGACCGCCACGGUUUGUACAACUCAGGGCACAUGCCUCAACGCAACUGACGGACUCGGCUCAAUGUCGUUCAAUUGUGACCAAAUGCUGUUGUAUCAACCCGGAACCGCCACCGUCCCCUUCGUUGCAGAGCUACACUCCGAGCCACUCGGAACUUCCACGACAAGCAGGCCCGCGCUCCAA